AAGAAGAGAAAAGAAAAAUCUGACUACUCGUCUCCCUUGCGCCUCGUGACGUGGGCUGUUUCCUCGCGCCGCUUCCUCCCGCCCGCCGCGGCGCACCACGCCGCAGCUGAAUCUUUCGCCUCCGCGGCGUCGUCCCUCUGAGCCUCCCGUCAGCACCAGUCCGUUCCUCUGCACCCCAACUGCAAUCCAAUCCAAUCCAAUCUUCCGCCUUUCGGCGUUUCUGCUUCUUGGGACUCGGGAUCUCGUCGGGGGAGGCGGCGGCGGAUUUGAGAUUUGGGGCACAUGGCGUGGCGGCGCGUCCUCUCCCAGGCUGCAAGGAACCAAUCAGCAUAUGCAAUCUAUAAUGAGUUGGCAGCCUCCUCUCCUCUGAGGUCACUUAGAAGUGACAUCAGUGCAGGUGGCGCACUCAGGAACUUACAUGAGAGGUAUCAUUCGAGCUAUUUUGGUGGCCUUUCACGCAGCAUGCGAGACCUGGGCUCCCAGAGUGAAGCUUCUAUGAUAAAAGAGAUAUACAGAAGUGACCCAGAGCGUGUGAUAAAAAUAUUUGAAAGCCAGCCUUUGUUGCAUUCGAAUCCUUCAGCACUCUCUGAGUAUGUAAAAGCUCUUGUGAAGGUCGACAGGCUGGAUGAUAGCACCUUGCUAAAAACAUUGCAAAGAGGUCUUGCUGCUUCAGAAAGGUCAGAAGGAAGCCUUGGUAGCGUGCCGGCAUUAAAGAGUGCUGGUCAAGUGACAAAAGAUGGAAUUAUUGGCACUGCGAAUGCGCCUAUUCACAUGGUUACAGCAGAAACAGGUCAAUUUAAGGAUCAGCUUUGGCGCACCUUCCGAAGCAUUGCACUGACUUUCCUUCUAAUUUCGGGCAUCGGAGCUCUCAUUGAGGAUAGAGGAAUCAGCAAAGGCCUUGGCCUAAACGAAGAGGUUCAACCAAGCAUGGAAUCUAGUACGAAAUUUAGUGAUGUAAAAGGUGUUGAUGAAGCCAAAGCUGAACUCGAGGAAAUAGUUCACUACCUUCGAGAUCCAAAGCGUUUUACACGUCUUGGGGGAAAACUGCCAAAAGGUGUUCUGCUUGUUGGUCCUCCUGGCACUGGCAAGACCAUGUUAGCGAGGGCUAUUGCUGGGGAAGCCAGCGUCCCUUUUUUCUCGUGCAGCGGUAGUGAGUUUGAGGAGAUGUUUGUAGGCGUGGGAGCUAGAAGAGUGAGGGAUCUUUUUGCUGCAGCAAAAAAACGAUCGCCUUGUAUCAUAUUCAUUGAUGAAAUUGAUGCAAUUGGUGGGAGUAGAAAUCCGAAGGAUCAGCAGUAUAUGAAGAUGACCUUGAAUCAGUUGCUUGUUGAGCUGGAUGGCUUUAAGCAGAAUGAGGGGAUAAUUGUCAUCGCUGCAACUAACUUCCCAGAGUCAUUAGAUAAAGCAUUAGUCAGACCUGGGCGCUUUGAUCGUCAUAUUGUUGUUCCCAAUCCAGAUGUUGAGGGCAGACGUCAGAUCUUAGAGAUCCACAUGUCAAAGGUCUUAAAGGGUGAUGAUGUGGAUUUGAUGAUCAUUGCCAGGGGAACACCAGGAUUUUCAGGUGCUGACCUUGCUAACUUGGUGAAUGUGGCUGCUCUUAGAGCUGCCAUGGAUGGCGCAAAAUCCGUUAGCAUGAAUGAUCUGGAGUAUGCCAAGGACCGGAUCAUGAUGGGUAGUGAGCGCAAGUCAGCAGUUAUCUCUGAUGAGUGCAGGAAGCUGACAGCAUACCAUGAAGGAGGGCAUGCCCUUGUUGCCAUGCACACGGAUGGUGCACAUCCUGUCCACAAAGCUACCAUCGUGCCCAGGGGGAUGGCCCUUGGGAUGGUGGCUCAGCUCCCUGACAAAGAUGAGACUAGCGUGUCAAGGAAACAGAUGCUAGCAAGAUUGGAUGUGUGCAUGGGAGGGCGGGUGGCAGAGGAGCUUAUAUUUGGGGAUAGCGAGGUGACAUCCGGUGCUUCAUCCGACUUUGAGCAAGCAACUUUGAUGGCAAGAGCAAUGGUUACUCAGUAUGGUAUGAGCAAGCAGGUGGGUCUUGUUUCAUACAACUAUGAAGAGGACGGAAAGACUAUGAGCUCAGAAACGAGGCUUCUAAUUGAGGAGGAGGUGAAGAAUUUCUUGGAGAAAGCAUACAACAAUGCAAAGGCUAUCCUCACCAAACACAACAAGGAGCUCCAUGCUCUAGCCAAUGCACUUCUUGAGCAUGAGACCAUGAGCGGAACCCAAAUAAAGAACUUGUUGGCCCAAGUAGAUAACAAACAGCCGCAGGGGCAUGCUGUUGAAGCCCCACAGAAGACGCCAGCUUCACCCCCAUCUCCAGCCGCAGCGGCCGCAGCCGUGGCCGCGGCGGCAGCACAACAAGCGGCAGCGCAAGCCAAGGGAGUUGCUGGUAUCGGGUCUUAGCAUCCAUGGGUCUGCGUUGUGUAUAUUAAUUCACCAAAUUAGCAGGUUGUUCCGUCAAACUGUCAGCUGAUGAGUAUCCCCCAGGAAGAAUACGCUACACUGCUGCAUCAAACACGAGGACACAUCGAUGUUGCUUGGGGUGUGAAUAGAGAAAGAAACACAUGGAGGAAAAUUCACACAUAGUAGCAGGCACAUGUUAGCUAGUGUUUGAGUUGAGUUCUCUGGUUGUGCUGUUGACAACUUCACAUCUCAAUAAUUGUUAUCGUUAAAAUCUGCCUUGUAUUUGUAUGGUAUAUACGUUUGGUCGUGAAAGUUGCCAAUAAUAUUUUGCUCAUCAGCCGCAACGCUGAAAUUGAGAUCCCAUGCA